AGCUCUGAGACCCGAUUGCUCUUUUCCUCGGCCCAGGCGGAAUACUUGAGAUACUGGCUGCACGCCAUGGGUCUUACCCAAAACCUCAUAUCUCUUCCUUACUCUGAUUGUCUUCUAACCGUAUCCAGCCUCUUCCACGUCUCCCCCAUCACAUUCAAACCUGGUUAG